AUGACCCCACUACAGAGCUUUCUCUCCCUCCUCGUCUUGGCUGCCACGGUCGCACUGGGCGUUUAUAUGAUGAUAAAAUACAGUCUUCCCAAGGAUCUGACCGACGAACAGAGACAAUGGCUCAAGUUCCCGAGGAAUGCAGAGGAUGUGCAGCAUUUGAGUAUUAUUCUCGAGUCUUACGUAUCCCAGCACUACUAUCAGGUUAUGGCCUGCUUCAUCGUCACCUAUGUCUCAAUGCAAGCAUUUGCAAUCCCUGGCUCGGUGAUGCUUUCGGUUCUUGGAGGUGCCCUGUUCAAGUUCUGGAUUGGCAUUGCUGUUGUUUUGUUCUGCGCAGGUUUCGGUUCGUUGUGCUGCUAUUCCAUUUCGUACUAUCUCGGUCAUCCAAUUGUGGAGAAGCAUCUCAAGGACAGGAUCGCAAAACUUCAGGUCAAAAUUGACGCCAAGAGGGAUCAGCUUUUCUUCUACUUCGCCUUCUUGCGCGUUACGCCCUUCGUCCCUAACUGGUUCAUGAAUGUCGCUUCGCCCCACUUGGGGAUUCCAGUUCUCAUCUUCUUCUUUGGAACCCUUGUUGGCGUUCUGCCCAACACUCUCGUCACCGUACAAGCUGGUGUCACCUUGGCCGCCCUGGCUUCGCCCGAUGAUUUUACGUUGCUGACGCCCCAGAAUAUUAUCAUGACGGUUGUCAUAUGUAUCUGCUUACUGAUGCCCAUUGUGCUUCAUCGCAAUGCUGAGGAUCCUCUGGCCACACCCAAACCCACGGAUGAGGAAACUGAUCCCCUCUCUCGCGUUUAA